AUGGUGGAGUCGUCCGUCGCUCAGGUGGGCAGCGGCGUGCGACAGCUGUACGGCGACUUGGUGCGCGACCUCUUCGUGCCCGCCUGGGUCGACGACGACCUCUUCGCCCCUGCCGCCCCUCUCCCCGCCGCUGCUGCCAAGACGGCCGCUGCUGCUGGUGCGCCGACCCAUGUCGCUUCUCACUCGAGUGCGCGCAAGCGCGCGUCGGCCUGCAGCGCGGCGGAGAGGGGCUCCAAAGCAGCGGGGAGGUCGGGGGACGCGCGAGGGGCAGAGGGAGGCGGGCGUGGCACAGGAGGCGGCAUGCACGGUGGUGGAGUGAGCGCUGUUCCUCCCCCCUCCACCGCGCCAAAACGCGCCUCUCCCGCGCCUUCCCAGCGCGGCCCUCUGGGUGCUACUCCGGGCGGCACUGCUCCGCCUGCUUCUUUUGCCUUGGCUGGUAACGGUGGAGCGGCGGUGCCUGCCGCCAGGGGGGCGAGUUCACCCGCCAAGGGGGGUUGCGAGGAGGGCGAGAGUGCGCUCACAGUGGGGGGCGCGGCAGCAGCUGCUGCUAGUGGCGACGCGCGUGUGGUGCGGCGAACAGGGAGAGGCGACGUGGCAUCUGAGGGCGCGGUUACAGCGCUGCCCAUGGCAGGAGGACGAGACGGUUUGACAGGAGUUGUGGCGGGCGAGAGAGAGCGCGGCGAGACAGCGGGCAGAGUGGCAGCGGUGCGAGGAAAGCUUGGCACGGUAGUCGCGCCUGGUGGGACGAGGCAGGGCGUUAGUGCCGCAUGCGCAGGGACGCAGGGGUCAGCACGGGCUGGCGACGAGUGCGAGGAAGAGGAGGAGGAGGAGGAGGAGGAGGAGGCGAUGGGCGAGUGGCGGGAGAUGGUGGGCGAGCUGGAUGCGCUGCUGCCUGGCGACAAUGGGGAGGCGCAGGGAAGCAGCGUGGGGGGGAAGGGCGGGGGGAGUGGCAGCAAGGGGAGCACUGGCCCUCAUUGGCCCCCUGGCAGUAUUGCGGGCUUGGUGGCUGGGGUCGUGCAGGCUGGGCACGCUGCAGAGGAUAGUUGCAAGGAGGGAGGGAGCGGGGAAGGGGGAGAGGGCAGCAACGAGCAGAGGGCGGGUGCAGAGGGAAGAGCAGGGGAGUGUGGUGGCGGGGCAGGUGGGUCGAGUGGAGUGGAUGUGGUGGCGCAAGAGAGGGGUGAGGGAGGGCAGCGUGCAGGCGAAGGCGACUUGAACAAGGAAGGAGAUGUGGCACCAGCGUUGUGCUCCGAUCCCAACAGUGAGGCAGUACGUGGGGGUGCGCCAAGGGAGAGCAGUGAGGCAUUGCAGGGGCGUGAAGAACCUCCGCGGAGUGAGGUACUGCCGGGGAGUGAGGCAAGAGAGCGAAGUGAUGGCGAGGUGCUCCGUGAAACGAAGGACAUGGCAGUGGCUGAGAUAGGCGUUACUUGCACUGUAGCUGGCACCAACAGCACUGACAGUGAAACUGGGCCCUCCUGUGUGAGCACCACUGCAGCGACAGACAGCAAUCUGCAGCAGUUGGAGACAGUGACGGGAGCAGCAGGAGAAGGCGUCAGCGAGGAGGAUGAGGACGAGGCGUGCAUUCCAGACAUCGACGAGGUGAGAGCAGAAGAGGUGAGAGCAGACGAGGUGAGAGCAGACGAGGUGAGAGCAGGCGAGGUAUGUGCAUACACUCAUGAAGCAUGCGAAUGCUUUGUUCGCAAAACAGCAGCCUUCAUUUACAUCUCCAACGCGACCUCGUCCGCCAUGGCUGCCCUCGCUCAACCCGCCGCGCUGCAGACUAGCUGGCCGCAGCCUCUUCUAGGAGGGCGUCGCCUAUUGGCUGCACGCCAGGUGAAGGUGGCGGUGCGGCCGCUUAAUGCGCGGAGCGGCAGGUCGGCGGCAGCGCCGGUGACGAGGGCGUCCGCCAUCAUGGACUACGUCUCCGACAUGAGCCGCGCCGCGCCCAAGGGGCUAUUCCCGCCGGAGCCGGAGAAGUACACGGGGCCGAAGCUCAAGGUGGCCAUCGUGGGCGCGGGGCUCGCCGGCAUGUCCACCGCCGCCGAACUGCUGGACCAGGGCCACGAGGUGGACAUCUACGAGGCGCGGCCGUUCAUAGGCGGCAAGGUGGCGAGCUUUCAAGACAAGGACGGCAACCACAUCGAGAUGGGGCUGCACGUCUUCUUCGGCUGCUACAACAACCUCUUCCGCCUCAUGGCCAAGAGCGGGGCGGUGAACAACCUGCUGCGCAAGGAGCACACGCACGUCUUCAUCAACAAGGGCGGCGUCACUGGCGAGCUGGACUUCCGGUUCAUAACGGGGGCGCCCUUCCACGGGCUCAAGGCGUUCUUCACCACCAACCAGCUCUCGCCGGUGGACAAGGCGUUCAACGCGUUGGCGCUGGCGACGAGCCCCGUGGUGCGCGCGCUGGUGGACCCCGAGGGCGCCUUCCAGGACAUCCGCGACCUCGACAAGGUGAGCUUCAGCGAGUGGUUCACGUCGCACGGAGGCACGCGGGAGAGCAUCAAGCGCAUGUGGGACCCGGUGGCGUACGCGUUGGGGUUCAUAGACUGCGACAACAUCAGUGCGCGCUGCAUGCUCACCAUCUUCGCCUUCUUCGCCACCAAGACCGAAGCCUCCGUGCUGCGCAUGCUCUGCGGCUCGCCCGACCGCUUCCUUGCUGGUCCCAUCGCCAAAUACAUCACCGACCGCGGGGGGAGGUUCCACGUGCGGCAGCCGUGCCAGGAGGUGCUCUACUCCACCGCCGCUGAUGGCUCCACCGUCGUCACUGGCCUGCGCAUGAAGCAGGCGGGAGGCAAGGAGCACAUAGUGACAGCGGAUGCGUAUGUUGCUGCGCUGGACGUGCCGGGGGCGAAGAGGCUGGUGCCAGCGGAGUGGAGGGAGCGGUGGGCGCAGUUCAGGGACAUCUACGAGCUGGUGGGUGUGCCCGUCAUCACCGUGCAGCUGCGCUAUGAUGGCUGGGUCACCGAGAUGAACGACAUUGAACUCUCCAGGCAGCUGGCGCUGGCAGCGGGGUUGGACAACCUACUCUACUCGCCCGAUGCGGACUUCUCGUGCUUUGCUGACCUGGCGCUCACCAGCCCUGACGACUACUACAAGGAGGGCCAGGGCUCGCUCAUGCAGGUGGUGAUCACCCCGGCGGACCCCUACAUGCCAAUGACCAACGAGGCCAUCGUCGCCAAGAUGAACCAACAGGUGAUGGAUCUGUUCCCAUCGGCGCGCGGCCUGACGCUGCUGUGGCACUCGGUGGUGAAGAUCAACCAGUCGCUGUACCGUGAGGCACCCGGCCUCGACCAGUUCCGCCCCGACCAGAAGACCCCCGUCCCCAACUUCUUCCUCGCCGGCUCCUACACCAAGCAGGACUACAUAGACAGCAUGGAGGGCGCCACGCUGUCAGGCAGGAGGGCAGCAGCGCGCAUCUGCAGCGAGAGCCGGUGGCGGGGCUUUGUGGUGGGCGCGCGGGUGGCGCAGAGGGUGGCGGAGUCGUCAGGCGCUGGAGCACGCGCAGCAGUGAUGGGGGAGAGCAGGGGAGAGGGGGAGGAGAGGUGGCGCGGUGAAGGGGUGGCAGUGGGUGGGGCGGAGAGGGAGGUGGGGGGCGAGGGUGGAGCGAGUGAGCAAGUGGUGUUCGACCCCCCAGCCCUGCCAGCAGCGUUUGAGGGGGUGCAGCGGUGGGUGGUGUUCUCGGACCUGCAUGUGUCUCGCCGCAAUGCAGAGCUGUGUGCUGCGCUGCUCACCCACGUGCACCAGCUCGCCAAAGACAGGGCGGCAGGCGUGGUGUGUCUGGGCGACUUCUGGCACGUGAGGGGGUCGCUGCCAGUGGAGGCACUCAAUGCUGUCAUGCACGCCAUGGGGCCUGCCGUGUGGACUCAGCCCACCAUCAUGAUUCCCGGCAACCAUGACCAGGUGUCAGUGGACGGCACACAGCAUGCGUUGGCAGUGCUGCCGCGCAUCAAUCCGCACAUCGUGGUGCUCUCGCGCCCCACCGUGCUGCUCGCCGCCCUCUGGCUGCCCUUCCGCCACCACGCGCCCCUCCUCACCUCCGCCCUGCACCAAGCGCUGCACUUCCCCCCGCCCUCCAUCCCCCCCAUCCGUGCCGUCUUCAUGCACGCGGACGUGGAGGGGGCGCGGCGCAGCAGCACAGAGGGCGCAGUUACCCUGCCAGGCGAGGGGCUGGACCCGCUGCUGCUGCCUGCCGGCCUGCCCGUGUACUCGGGCCACCUGCACCUGCCGCACACUGUCUCCAAGGGCGGGCGCGCUGUGCACUACGUGGGGUCGUGCGUGCAGCACAGCUUUGGCGAGGCGGGGCAGAGCAAGCGGGCUAUGAUGCUGCAGGCGGGCACGUGGGAGCACGUGGAGGACAUCCCUCUGGACGUGGGGCCACGGCACUUCAUCAUCCCCGCUGCUGCUGCUUCAGCCUCGCAGCCCGGUGAAGGUGAAGGUACAUCGGAGCCGCAGGCAGGCGAGGCGUGGCAGCAGGUGGUACCACUGCUGCGGGCGGGCGACCUGGUGCGGUGGGAGGUGCCUGGUGGGGCGGACGCCAAGCAGACGAGAGAGGCACUGGCGAGCUUGCGUGCCACGGGCGCGUUGGUGCAGACGGUGGCAUCACAGGCGCUCUCCCGCCCUCCCCGCAUCCUGCAGGCCGACACUCUGGAGCCUUCACGUGUGUUUGCCAGCUACGCCACGGCCGCCCAUCUGCCGCCACCCGUCGUGUCUGCCGCCCAAGAGUUGCUCAAAGACCUGGAUGUGCCGCCCCGACUCAUGCACACCACCACUGCGCACGUGUGUCUAGAUGCAGUGCAUCUGAGUGGCUUCGGCCCCUUCCUCGCGCCCACCACCUACCCCCUCGCUGCGCGCGGCAUCGUGCUGCUGUGCGGCCGCAACGAGGCAGCGGGGGGGGCAGCGGGCGACAGCAACGGGGCGGGCAAGACGUCCCUGGCCAUGGCGGCGCUGUGGGCGCUGACGGGCAGCAUGGACGCGCGCCCUGACUCCCGCCACGGGCUGCGCAUGGCUGAUGUCGUGCACCGCAGCGGACAGGGGGACGGGGGCGAGGGAGACGCGGGGGAGGGGGGCGAGGGGAAGGGGCGUGCGAGGAGGAGGAAGGGGGAAGGCGGUGGGGUGGCGCGCGUGCGGGUGGAGGGGAGGGUGAAUGGCAAGGCGUUUGUGGUUGAAAGGGAGGCGUCCAGCCGGCGGUCGGCGUUGCGGUUUGAGGUGGAUGGGGAGGACCAGACGUGCCAGGAGAUCAGACUCACACAGGAGAGGAUCGACGCCCUCAUGGACACCUCACUCCUUUCCCGAACAGUCUUCUUCGGACAGCACUCCACAGCUGCGCUGCUCGAAGCCAACGACGCCGACUUCAAGGCACAUGCCAAGCCCUCCCCUCCCUUUGCACUCUUCAUCUCCCUUCGCUCCCCUCCUGUCCAAUUCCCGCUGCUGUUUUCUCGUCUUCCCUUAUUUCUACUCCGUGCUUCCCUCCCAUGCUUCCAUAUCUCCACAUUAUUCUCUUCCCUCACGCGCUUUUUCUCCCCCACUGCCAUUUGUUCUUGCCCAAUCAAAUCAUGCUGCCUUCCUUAUCUCUACCACCCUUAUACGCCCCUCCCACUCUCCAAUCAACCCACCUCCAUGGCUCACCCAUCUCUCUCGUUCUUCCUCUUGUGCCCCUCGCCUCUCCCACCUCUCUAUGUCCCUCUUUCACGCGCCCCUGCGCGCCCCUCUACUGGCCGGCAAGCGCCAGGCGGAGCUGAGUGCGGUGGUGGGGAUGGACGUGUGGGGGGCGGCCAGGGCGCGCAGCAGGGACGCCGUGAGGGCGCUGCAGGCGCAGAUGGGGGAGAUGACGGGCGGGCUGGCGGCACGCAGGGAGGCCGUCAAGAAGCUCCAGCACAUGGUGGGGAAGGGAGAGCGGGGACGGAAGUGAGCAUCUUUGAGAGGGGGGAGGCGCAAAGGGUCGAGGGUGCAGGUGGGGGAGGAGUGGGUGGAGCUAGGGCAGGCAGGGGCGAGGAGGAGGCGGGUAUGGAGGAGAGGGAGCGAGCGCUGAUGACUGGGAUCGCAUCCCUGCAGGGGGAGGUGGGUGCGAGGGAGGAGCAGGUGGAUGGACGGGGUUUGAUAGGAGAGUUUGAUGGUGCCUGCAUUCUCCCUUCCUUCUACCUGGUUUCCCCCUUCCCUCUGCAGCUGACAGCGGUGCGAGCAGGGCUGGGGGAGCAGCAGCAGCGGCUGGGGGAGUUUGAGGCGCACGUGGGGGGGGCGGUGGGGGGAGGGGAGGUGCUGGUGUGUGACAGGUGUCAGCAGCCCAUUGAUCCGCUGCAUGCAGAGGAGUGCAGCAGGCAGCUCAGGGCGGAGGUGGAGCAGACGCAGCGACAGCUGGCAGCCAAGCAGGAGGCACAGGAGGAGCUGCAGGGGGAGCUGGUGGGCGUGCGGGAAUGGCUGGAGGCGCGGCGGAGGGAGAGACGGGAGAGCGAAGAGAGGGAAGCGCAGGCGAGGAGGCAGCAGCAGCAAGCGGCCAUGGCACAGCAGGAGGAGCUGAAGGCAGUGCAGCGCUACACAGCAGCGGCCUCCCAGGCCCUCGACUCUCUGCUGCUCUUCCUGGAUCGCCACUCUGCCCUCCUGCGCGCCACACCACCAUGGCCCUCCCCCUCUGCCCCCACCGCGGGCCUCGAUGCCGAGGGAAGCGGGGCAUGGCGGCAGGAGGCGGUGGCAGCGGUGAUCCGCGAGGCGGGAGAGGCGGUGGUGGCGGGGGAGGCAGCGCAGGCGGAGGUGGAGCGGUGGCGCAGGGAGGCGGAGAAGGGGCGGGCGGAGGGCAACCCGCAUGAGGGGGAGCGGCGCCGGCUGGUGCAGAUGCUGGGGGAGGCCAGGGGGGAGGUGGAGGCGGUGGAGGGGGAGGUGGAUGCGGGGGAGGCGCAGCUGGACGUCAUGAAGCAAGUGGACGCCGCCUUUGGGCUCGCUGGCGUGCAGAGCUAUGUGUUGGAGGGAGCGCUGUGGGAGCUGGACGCGCACGUGGCGCGCUACCUCGCUGCGCUCUCAGGGGGUGCGCUGCACCUGCACCUCUCUCCCACGCGCGCUGCUGCCACUGUCACCAAGGCCACCCGGGGGAAGAAGUCAAGGAAGGCCAGUGGGGCGGGGAAGAAUGGCGCGGCGGGCAGCGGCACGGACUCUGGCGCGUCGAGCGACAGUGGGGGAAGCGAAGGGGGGGAGGGGGAUGAGCAAGGGGCAGCAGAGGAGGAGGGCAAUAUCAGCGACGGGGUGGGGCAGGUGUUGGAGCGGAUAGACAAGAGUGUGAGCGUGCGCCUGGCGUCGGGUGAGCUCGUCCCGCGGGCGCUGCGCCAGCUCAGCGGUGGGGAGCGGCGCCGUGUAGCACUGGCGCUUGCGCUGGCGUUUGCGGAGCUGGCGGCGGAGCGCAGUGGCGUGCGCUACGACCUGCUGGUGCUGGACGAGGUCUUCCAGCAUCUGGACGACGAGGGAGUGGCAGCAGUGGCGGCGGUGCUGAGGGCGCUACCACAGCGAACGGUGGUGGUGGUGUCGCAGGCCAACAGCCGCGAGGCGCUGGCAGAGUUUGGCGUGGUGGACUGGGUGGUCAAGAGGAACGACGUCGCCACUGUGGAGCUCGCUCACAUGUAG